CCUGCCCGUUUCACUUUGCAGUUGCAGUUUCCCUUUCCCAAAGCCUUUUGCCGAAAGACAAGGCGAAGAAACGGGGGUGCCCCCAUAUAUAGGUGUCUUCAGCCCUGGCUGCAGACAGAGGAGGAAGGUGGCUGGGGAGCAAGCACAGCAGCCCGCACAGCAGCCUCCCCGCAGCACAGCACAGCGGAGAAGGACGCGGCGACCAUGAGCGAGGCCACCGAGAACUCCUUGGAGAGCAGUCUACGGCGGCUAAAAUGCCACUUCACCUGGAACUUAGGGGGAGAAAAUUCCCUGGAUGAUUUUGAAGACAGAGUGUGUCACCAGACCGAGCUGCAGAACGGCGAGUUCAAAGCUACGGCGUACAACUUGCUGGCCUACAUAAAACACCACAGAGGCCUAGGCGAGGAGGCGCUGGAAUGCUUGCGGCAAGCCGAAGCGUUGAUCCAGCAGCAGCACCCUGACCAAGCAGAACUCCGAAGCCUGGUCACCUGGGGCAACUACGCCUGGGUCUACUAUCACAUGGGCAGACACUCGGAGGCUCAAGUCUACGUGGACAAGGUCCGAGAAACGUGCAAGAAGUUUUCCAGCCCCUACAGAAUGGAGGGUCCUGAGCUGGACUGCGAAGAAGGGUGGUCGCGGCUGAAGUGCGGAAGAAAGUACACGGAAAGGGCAAAGGCGUGUUUUGAGAAGUGUCUGGAAAAGUGCCCGAAGCACCCCGAGUACACCUCGGGACUGGCCAUUUGCAGCUACCGUCUGGAUGAGUGGUCAGGGCCUAAGAAUCCCAUCGAUGCGCUGAGGCAGGCCAUUCGGCUCAAUCCUGACAACCAGUAUAUUAAAGUCCUCCUGGCUCUGAAACUGCAGAAGAUGAACGAGGAAAGGGAAGCAGAGAGGUUAGUUGAAGAAGCUGUGGAGAAAGCCCCCUGUGCCAUAGAUGUGCUUCGCGGGGCAGCAAUGCUGUAUCGGAAAAAAAAUGACGUGGACAAAGCUAUCGAACUGCUUAAAAGGGCUGUCGAAUGCUCGCCAAACAACCCCUACCUGCAUUGCCAUCUUGGGGUGUGCUAUCGGGCAAAAGUCCACGAGUAUGAGAAGAGAGGCCUGAGAGGAGGGUAUGGGGAGAGAGAGGACUACCAGGAACUGAUCAGACACGCUGUGGGUCAUCUGAAGAGAGCUGAUGAGCUCAACGGAAACCUCGCCAAUGUCGGCUCCUUUCUUGCCUGCCUCCACCUCCAGGCGGGUCAGUACGAAGAAGCAGAAUAUUAUUUCCAGAGAGAAUUCAGCAAAGAGCUCACGGCUGUAGACCGGCAAGUGCUCCAUCUCCGAUAUGGCAACUUUCAGUGGUUUCAAAUGAAGUGUGAAAGCAAGGCCAUCCACCACUUUCUAGAGGGCGUGAAAAUAAACCAGGACCUAAAGGCGACGGGAAAGAUGGAAUACAAACUGCGAGGUAUUGCCAAAGCCAGGCUUUCCAGAAAUAGAGACGAUCCCGAGGCUCUGCGUAUCUUGGCGUGUCUUGAGGAGCUGAAUGAGAAAUGGCAGCCAGCAGAUGAAAACUCUGAGAGGGGUGUGAACUCCGGACGCCUCAGCCCUUCGGCAUCUUUCGUGGAGUAAUGAGGAAUCAGGAGGUGGUGCCCAUAGGGCUACUCCUGGCAGGGAAGCAAAACCCCUUCUCGCAGUUGGUAUCAAAAUAUUUAACUAUGAGUAUGGCGUAGGCAUGGACUAAGAGUGUGGCCACAGUCCUGGAUUGGGUCAGGACUGUGAGUUGCUUGAGUUGCUCAGGGAGUUUCAGGAGAGGGACUAAGU